AACACUUCAAGUCAAUACAUUAUAACAACUUACUGUUUAAUGUCUGGAUAUUAACCGAGUUAUAAUUUUUUCGCGCUGUCAUGGAAAAAGUAAAAUUCCUGAUUUUGCUGCUUCUUUUUGUGGUGUGUUACAGUAGUUGUCCGACCACCUGGUACACCACUCCUGGAAACCGAUGCAUCAAGGUAAUCGAAGACAUGGUGAGUCUGAAUAAAUUUGCAGACAGUAAGCUGUGCGAGAAGUACACAAUUGACACAAAUGUUGCAUCAUAUAUCUCUGUGACAUCACCAAAUGACAUGGCAAUAUUAUAUAAUUUUGUGCCUUGGAUACAAUCUGUCUACCUGGAUUGGAACUAUGUCGGAUCGACCUACUAUUACAGCAAUGGAAGUAUGAUCGAAAUUGAUGAAUACUCUUUAAGAUCACGCUUUCUCAUCAAACCGACGCAUCAGCUGUACUGAGGUGGACCUGCGUUACCAAGAAUUGUAUGCAGACUGCACCGAAAGAAAAGUUGGAUACGUUUGUGAAAUAAAAUUAUAAAAUGCUUAACUUUGA